GACCUCUGCUUAUGAGUCAUGAGCGAUCUGCUGGUGGCAGGUUCCUGAGGACCUCACUCUCCACUCCUGUUUCAGGCAUGGGACGGUUGGUUCUGCUGUGGGGAGCUGCCGUCUUUCUGCUGGGAGGCUGGAUGGCUUUGGGGCAAGUAGCAACAGAAACGGUCAUUUUAAACCCCAGAUUCAAUCGAGAUGAGGCCUAUGACCAGUGCACCGUCUACAUUCUCCAGGAAGGUCACACCUCGGGGUGCCUCCUAGACGCAGAGCAGCAAGACGAAAUUCUCUAUUUCUCCAUCAGGAACGGGACGCACCCCGUUUUCACCGCCAGUCGCUGGAUCUUUUAUUACCUGAAGCCCAGUUCCCCGAAGCAGGUGAGCUUUUCGUGGCAUCAGGACGCGGUGACGGUGACGUGUUCUGACCUGUCCUACAGGGGUCUCCUCUAUGAGGUUCAGUACCGGAGCCCCUUCGACACGGAGUGGCAGACAGAGUCUCGCUCUGUCGCUCAGGCUGGAGUGCCGUGGUGCGAUCUCAGCUCACUGCAACCUCCACCUCCCGGGUUCAAGCGAUUCUCCCGCCUCAGCCUCCCGAGUAGUUGGGAUGACAGGCGGCUGCCACCACGCCUGGCUAAUUUUUGGGGUGCACCUGCCUUGGCGGAGUGGAUUACAGACACCCAGAACGUGGCCCACCUCCACAAGAUAGCAGGUGCAGAGCCAGAAGGUGGCCCUGAGGAGUCCCUGGUGGUCCAGUUGGCCAAGACGGAAGCCGAGUCACCCAGGACGCUGGACCCACAGACCGAGGACAAAGAGGUCUCUGGGGGAUCCCUCCUGCUUCCCCACCAGCCGCCCCUGCAAGGCGGUGAUGUGGUCACUCUCGGGGGCUUUACCUUUGUGAUGAAUGACAGCUCGUAUGUGGCGUUAUGAUGGACAGACAACUGUCAAAAGCCAACGUCAGGAUCCACGUUGACGUUUAAAGACCGAGGGGAGUGUCCCAGGGACUCCACACCACCAUAUGGACGGGCAUGGUCCCCUCCAGUGAUGGUAGAGCUAGGAGCCUCUGAAGACCCAGCCUCAUCGCCUAAUGAAGAUGCUCUUACGCUGUUUCCCCCACGUGGGUCUCUCUGUUCAAAGGCUUGAUGGCGGAUGGGAGCCAAUUACUGCAGGAGACGGUCUCCCCGUUCCCUUUUGUGCCUGAACGUUGUGACGUAAACCCCAAGGCAGGACGUCCAAAAUGCUCUAAGACCAUCUUCCGCACUCUGUGAGCCCCCAGUUCCGUCCGUGUUCCAUUUCCAUAGGACUGGAUUCUCUGAGGAUUUUUUGUUUGUUUGUUUGGAGACGGAGUCUCACUCUGUCGCCCAGGCUGGAGUGCAGUGGCACGAU